CCUCUCAUCAGCACUGUUGAAAGAAGACAAAAUGUCAGUGCUAUCUCCUGAAAUCAAAUGUGAGACUUCGAAAGUCACCAGAAGUUCCUUUGGCAGUUGUUUUAUUUUUGACAGUAGUUGGAGGCAAGCCGUUUUAGAAACACAAAAGAUUAGGAAAGAAUAUGCCACAGCAUUUGGUCGAGGAGACCUCAAAGAAUGUAUCAAAAUGCCAUAUUUACCAGGACUGCAAAGCUGCCAAAAAAGUGUAAGUUCAACUUCACUAGAGGUCCCGAAAGGACUGCCGCGUGCUGAUGCCAAGGUGUCUGCAGUCAGGAUAAAGAAGACCAAAGAGACAGGCAGUGUGGCACCACUUCAGGAGAAAUCAAAAGGUUCUGGCUUCAGUGAUCCUCUCACUGGAGCAUCAGCUCAAUACUUAGAGAGACUUUCCAAAAUGGCCAUAUUGGAAUAUGAUACCAUUUGUCAGGAAACAACCAGAAAAUCAAAAAAAGGCAGGAAAUGA